GCAAUGUAGACCAAUUUGGAUUGACCGUAUCUGAUUUUUUUAAUUCUUAUUAUUGAAAUUCUCUGGUAGACUUGUUCUCUUGGCUUGGUCACAGGUCCAUCACUCCAUCCACGAAGCUGGAUUAACCUAGCAGUGGACAUCUGUGAAUACUGUUCCGUACACUUGAGACCUGAUGAGGAACAUUCCUUAUUGACUGUAGCGUAUACGGAUGGCGGUGCUGAUCAGAUAACCGGCGCUCACUUUCUACCCAUCGCACCUAAUGGACUGAGGAUUGAUUAGGUGUAAGCUGUAAUGUGGAUAGUUUAGAGGUCCACAGUAGGCAGUGAAGAUGAAUAUCUCCAUCCAGGUGUCGUCUUCAGACAGCUAUCAUCCCGAGUCUGUGCUUAUCCCUGUCUUGUAUUCACUUAUUUUCCUGGUGGGCACAGUGGGUAACAGCCUGGUCCUGGCAGUCCUGUUAAGAAAUGGCAAGAUAAAUAACACCACCAAUCUCUUCAUUUUGAACCUAGGAGUGGCAGACCUUUGCUUUAUCAUAUUCUGCGUGCCCUUUCAAGCCACCAUUUAUACCCUGGACAGUUGGGUAUUUGGCCCAUUUAUGUGCAAAGCUGUGCACUUUUUCAUCUAUCUCACCAUGUAUGCCUCCAGCUUCACCCUGACCACCGUGUCACUUGACAGGUACCUUGCUAUACGUUACCCAUUGCGUUCAAGAGAACUACGUACACCCAAGAAUGCUCUGAUGGCCAUCACCCUCAUCUGGAGCUUGUCAUUAACCUUCUCUGGACCUUAUCUCAGUUACUACCAGGAAUUUCAGCUGGUUAACCUUACUGUCUGCCACCCUGUGUGGCAAAUCUCUGAUCGUAAGACCAUGGAUCUUUGUACUUUUAUCUUCAGCUAUGUCAUCCCUGUGCUGGUUCUUAGUUUGACCUAUGCCCGCACCAUACGAUAUCUCUGGACUUCUGUAGACCCCAUUGAACACAUGUCUGAAUCGAAGAGGGCCAAGAGGAGGGUGACUCGUAUGAUCAUCAUCGUUGCUGUCUUGUUCUGCUUGUGUUGGCUUCCUCACCACCUCGUAAUUCUCUGCAUGUGGUUUGGAUAUUUCCCCCUUAAUAACUUCACUUACGCCCUACGUAUUCUCUCACACCUGGUGUCCUAUGCCAAUUCUUGUGUAAAUCCAGUGGUCUAUGCCUUAGUCUCCAAACACUUCCGGAAGGGAUUUCGUAAGAUAUUUCGUUGCUUGUUGUUACGCCAAAGGUCAGCCAACAAGAUCCACGUGGUCCCUCGAGUCCAUGCAGGAGUCAGCACGUUAGAAGUGGCGUGUACAGAGGUGACUCAGUUAAGUGAAGGUGCAUUGCAUUGCUCUGCCUGUUGUCAUGAUCCUGGAAGCCCAUGGAAAGAGACAGAAAGAGUUGGAGAUAAAAGAGGUCCGGCGUUCAUCACAUUUAAUGUUACCUAGUUAGGAGAGUCAAGGUUGAGGAGAAACGUCUUCAACAACUUUCUCCAUCAGCGCCAUCCAUUUCUGAAAAUUUGCAGAAGCAAAGCUACUAUCCACCAAUAAACAUUUCUAAAACCAAAGUAGCAACUGUUCUCUUGGACCCUGAUAGUCCAGAAGACGUGUGUAUUUUGAGGACUACAUAUGCAAAUCAAUCUGAGCACCAUCAGCAUUGACUUUACACA